CGAGUUGAAAAACCCUUUCGGUUUCAUUCUUUCCAACAGCUCUUCAUCUCAUCUUCCCUUCUGAAUUCUUAACUUUUCCUCUUUUUCACAACUUGAUACCUCUAUGACAAUCUAGAAUCAGAAGAGGAGCAAUUCACACUUACACCUUUAUACCAAAACUUAACAAUUCAUCUUUAAUUGUCUAUCUUUCACAAUUACUCUCGUAUACCAUCAUAUACCAUCAAAUACCAUCAUAUACCAUCAUAUAAUCUCGUUAGGAGUGUUUAUUACUGCUAUUACUAUUAGUUCGCACUCAUGUACAGUCUCGACGUAGCAGGAGGGCCUGCGGUUGCAUUCUCCUCAGUUGCUAUACUACAGCAACAACAACAGCAUCGACCAUCUGUUUGGGAGCGACAUUCGAAUCUGCAGCUUGCCUGUAUGGUUCUAUCCAUCUUUCUCUGGUUCUUUUCCUUUACUGCUGCAUUCUGUGCAAUUAUGAUCAGUCGAUGGAGGUACUCUGGUCAACAUAAACGAUCAAUAUCUUCCGGGUUGCCUAAAGAACAAGCUCCAGGAGUCACCAUCAUCCGGCCACUGCGUGGUAUCGACUGUAAUAUGUAUGAGAACUUGGCUUCUAGUUUUAGACAGAACUAUCCACGUUUCGAAAUAAUCUUUUCAGUUGCGAAGGCCAAUGAUCCGGCCAUUGCGGUUGUCAAGGAUCUUAUGGAGGAAUAUCCAAGGGUAGAUGCCCGUCUCAUCAUUGGGGAGAGAAACAUAGGCAUCAAUCCCAAAGUCAAUAAUAUGAUCCGGGCCUACGAGAGUGCCAAAUAUGACAUUGUAUGGGUUCAGGAUUCGAACGUCUACGUAGAUCCAGGAUGCAUGGGACGCUCUGUUGACAAAAUGAUGAAACCAGGCGUCGGACUCGUCCACCAUCUGCCAUUUGGUGUCGGACCAAAAACUCUCGGUUCUGAACUUGAACUCAUGUUCUUGGGCACUGUACACGCUAAAAUGUACCUCUUUAUCAACUGGACUGGAUUGGCAUCUUGUGUUGUAGGCAAAUCCAGCCUCUAUCGUCGAUCGGACCUGGACAGGGUGGGCGGAUUAGCAAAGUUUGGGAAAUAUAUGGCAGAAGAUAAUUUGAUUGCAACUGAGAUCUUCAACAUGGGAUACAAGCAUGAGAUGACUAGUGAUCUGGCCUACCAGUCUUUAGGUUCCAUGACACCUUCAGAUUACUUUUUGAGGCGUGCACGGUGGACAAGAAUUCGCAAGUACACCGUCACAGCAGCGACGAUUGUGGAGCCAUUCAUUGAAAUGAUCGGAUGUGGAUUGGUGGCAUCAUAUGGAUUUAACUUGCUAUGGCAGACUCAUUUCCUCAACUUUUUGGCAUUUCAUAUUGUUAUUUGGUUCCUGGUUGAUUUGUCAAUGUUUCAGGCUCUAUCUGGAGUGAAAGUUGAUAAUUUAAGAGGGUUUUUGAUGGCAUGGAGUUUACGUGAGCUUGCGGCUUUGCCUUUGUAUAUUUAUGCGGUUGCAGGAUCCACAGUAGACUGGCGUGAUCAACCAUUCUUGUUAAAGAGAGACGGAACAGUAAUACCGCUCGCUCUCGCAACGCCCGCUACAUCUGUAACAAGCGCAGGAACUUCUGUAGAUCGUACGAACUCGUCGGUCUCAGCUUCUUAUUCUGUGCCAUCAUCACCUACUUCAGCAGCAUUUGCCCAACUUGCCAAUACGGUCGUUCCGCCUUCAGCCCAGACAUCGCUCCGUAAUUUCUUCCGCCGACCAGCUGUUAUUUCGGUUGUCAGCAGUAUCCUGGCUGUGAUUCAUUUCGUGGUCGACAUUCUGAUCAAGAGUCAGCGUAAUGGAAAUGAAGAAGAGGAUGAGCAAAGAUCUGAAGAUGAACUCAUUGAGGAGACGCUUUAUACUAGAGAAGAGAACUCGGAGGCAGGCAUCAGAAAUGGUACUCGAGAUGGCCCUGUGUUGAAACUUCAAAAAGUGCCAUUGAAUAAGAAGAGUUCCUAUCGAUCCAGUAGUGGUAGUUCAGAUGCUGGCAUUGAUGGCUCGAGAGCCGAAUACAGGAUGGCAAAGGAUGACCUUUACGACGCUGAUGAUAGCAGCGCGGCCGAAAAUGGGACCUUACCAAGACGAAGCGCACGUAUAAAAAAACGACUGCAGCUGAAGGUGGUUGAGCAAGACCAUUCGCAUGAUGUUGGUAGUUCACCAUUGCAUCCGAGAGAGAAUGGGCGUCGUUCAACAGAUGAAGAUGCACUGUCCAAGGCUGUGGAGCCAUACCUGUCGGAUUCAUUGAGCCGCCGCGGAAGAAUUCGGCGCGAACUCUCUUCCUCUUCCCAAUACUUAAGCUAAUAGAUCGUCGAAGCAAAACUCGAUGCU